GUAGUUUGUAUUGGUUCAAUGGCAGAACUGGAAGAGCUGUCUGGAGUGAAAGUCACUGAUCUCCAUCGAGAAAGUAUUGAUCACCUAACUAUCCCUUCACACUGUGGCAAGGGCUUGCUGCAUCGGGUCCCUGAAGUGUUUGAUUGCUGGUUUGAGAGUGGAAGCAUGCCUUAUGCACAGGUCCAUUAUCCAUUUGAAAACAAAAAAGAACUUGAAGAGGCUUUCCCUGCUGACUUCAUUGCUGAAGGCAUUGACCAAACCCGAGGAUGGUUCUACACAUUGCUGGUGCUGUCCACGGCUCUUUUUGGAAGGCCUCCUUUCAAGAAUGUAAUUGUGAAUGGCCUCGUUCUUGCCAGUGAUGGCCAAAAAAUGAGCAAAAGGAAGAAGAAUUAUCCUGAUCCAAUGAGUAUUGUAAAUAGUUAUGGAGCUGAUGCACUAAGGUUAUAUCUGAUCAAUUCUCCUGUGGUAAGAGCAGAAAAUCUGAGAUUUAAGGAGGAAGGAGUAAGGGAUGUACUGAAGGAUGUCUUCCUACCCUGGUACAAUGCAUACCGCUUUCUUGUUCAGAAUGUUCAGAUCCUGCAACAUAAGGAUGAGGGAAGAGAAUUCCUUUACAAUGAGAACACGGUUAAGGAGAGCAAUAACAUCAUGGAUAAAUGGAUUCUUUCUUUCACCCAAUCACUUAUUCAGUUCUUCAAAGCUGAAAUGGCAGCUUACAGGCUGUACACUGUGGUCCCUCGAUUAGUCAAGUUUGUUGAUAUUCUCACCAACUGGUAUGUUAGGAUGAAUCGCAGAAGACUCAAGGGUGAGAACGGGACUGAAGACUGCGUUAUGGCCUUGGAAACCCUGUUCAGUGUUUUGUUCUCCAUGUGCAGACUUAUGGCACCGUAUACUCCAUUUAUCACUGAGCUCAUGUACCAGAAUCUGAAGACACUUAUUGAUCCCGCCUCGGUUCAGGAAAAGAAUACUGAAAGCAUCCACUACCUCAUGCUUCCCCAAGUGAGGGAGGAUCUCAUCAACAAAAAGAUUGAAAGUGCCGUUUCUUGUUUGCAGUCUGUUAUUGAGCUUGGACGAGUAAUCAGAGACAGAAAAACCAUUCCAGUGAAGUACCCUUUGAAAGAAGUAGUUGUUAUCCAUCAGGAUCUAGAGGCUCUGGAAAACAUCAGAUCUUUGGAGAGGUACAUACUCGAGGAACUUAAUGUACGCCAAGUGACACUAUCUACUGAUAAAGAUAAAUACGGAGUCCGGCUGAGAGCAGAACCGGAUCACAUGGUGCUUGGGAAGCGUUUGAAAGGUGCAUUUAAGCUUGUCAUGGCAGCAAUCAAGGAGCUGAAGAGUGAGCAGCUGGAGCGAUUCCAGGAGACAGGCACCAUUGUGGUAGAAGGACACGAACUUCACGAGGAAGACCUUCGUCUCAUGUAUACCUUUGACCAGGUGGCAGGAGGAUCUGCCCAGUUUGAGGCACAUUCUGAUGCUCAGGUUUUGGUUCUGUUGGAUGUUACCCCAGACCAGGCCAUGGUGGAUGAAGGAGUUGCCCGGGAAGUGAUUAAUCGCAUCCAGAAGCUACGCAAAAAGCGAAAUCUGGUUCCUACGGAUGAGAUUACCGUGUACUACAGAUCCCAUCCCGAAGGUGACUACCUGGAUACUGUUAUUAAGGAACACAGGGAUUUCAUUUUUGCAACAAUAAAGGCUGCCCUGAAGCCUUACCCGGUGCCUACCUCAAAACAAGUUCUCAUCCAGGAAACAACCCAACUGAAGGGAUCAGAGCUAGAAAUUACGCUCGUCAGAGGUGGUUUGCGUCAGUGCGUUGGUCCAGCCUGUGCCUACGUCAACCUCAAAGUUUGUGUUAAUGGGACAGAGCAAGAUGGUGUGUUGCUGCUGGAAAAUCCAAAAGGAGAUAACACCUUGAACUUCACUGGACUUGUAGAUGCAGUCUCCUGCAUUUUUGGUCUUAAAAAUUCGAAACUGACAGUUUUUAAUGGAAAAACAGAACUGAUAAACAAAACUGACGUGCUUAGUCUCAGCGGGAAGACUCUGCAUGUGACAACAGGGUCGGCACCUGCUCUCCUCAGCUCUCCCGACGCGCUGCUCUGCCAGUAUAUCAACGUGCGGCUCAUGAACGCAGAGCCACAAGAGUGUCAGAAGGGUACAGUGGGAACUCUUCUGAUGGAAAAUCCCGUUGGUCAGAACGGAUUAACGUACCAAGGGCUUCUGCAUGAAACGGCAAAAGUUUUUGGGUUGAGAAGCAGGAGGCUGAAGCUGUUCCUGGAUGAAGCGCAAACUCAAGAGAUCUCGAAGGACAUCUCCAUGAAGAACCUGAACAUGAAGACUCUGUACGUCCAUGUUAUUCCCACCACAGCUGAAUGUUGAGAAUUCCGUUUUUAUGAAUAAGACCAUGUAGACUCUUUUCCACAAAACCAGAAGUGAAAUUAAAUUGGUGUGCUUUUAGGUUAACGUCCAAGCUGUGUGUGGUACUUUUAACACCUCAGAUUGCACACGGGGUGUUUUCUACCAGUGCAUGUCUAAUACGCUGCUCUCUGGUUGCAAAUACAAUGGAUUUUCAGUAUGUUACCUUAGAUACUGUAAACGCUGUUCAGAAAAAUGUCAGAAGUCCUUAAUCUUAGAUAUCUAUGCAGUAAUUUGCCUGAAAGAAAUGGGACGAGUACCUCAGUGAUGCUAUUCUCUGCCUGUCCUCUAUGCAGAGGCCGUCUUUGGUUUUCUAAACCAUG